AUGAAGUUGAAAAAACUAUUUUCAGAUAGCUUACUCUUUUCUAUAAAGAAAGUACAGUCGCAAGUAAUCAGUCAUGAAAAACAAAAUAUUGGAUUCAUUUAUUUAAGAUUAACUCCACCGAGUAGUAUUAAACAUAUACAAGAUAUUUUAUAUUUAUUUUUGAAUCAUGAAUUUCUUCGAGUCAUUAUACUUGCAUGUUGGUUAAUUUUUUGUGGUUUAAUUGAAACCUUUAUGGCUCAACUUAGUGAUAUUCGAUAUUAUUCAGACUCCAAUACCAGUAGGAUCGUAAACUACUUACUGACAGUGACGAUCGUUUAUACACUUGUAGGUUUUGCAAUUCAGUCCCCUGAUUGGACAAGCCUAUUCAUUAUACUACGAAGAUGGGGCUUUAUUAUGGGAUUUAUUUAUAUCUUUCGAGGUAUCACUUUAUUAGUCACUACCUUGCCCUCUUCUCUCAUUGAUAACUGUCGACCUCCAGAGAUAGAAUUGACAGGAACCCUAUGGGAACGAUUUGGAUUCUUUUUAAGUGUCAUUAGUGGUACUGCCUUAACAUGCACAGAUAAUAUUUUCUCAGGACAUACAUCCAUGAUGGUGUCUUGUGUCAUGAUAUGGCGAGUGCAUUCACAACUACGUAGACCGUUUGCCUGGCUCCUUUAUGCAAUAGUCUUUACAGGUAUCUUGAUGAUUCUUUACACUCAUUUCCAUUAUUCGGUUGAUGUCAUUUUAGCUAUUUAUAUUACUUUUACAGCUUGGGAUAGCUAUUUGCAUUAUGUUCAAGAAGCUUCUAUGCAUUAUAUGUUUGGUUUCACAAAACAAUCUCAACAAGAAACUUUUAUUUGUUUAUGGACUGAACUUAAAAAUACUUUAAAUAGCCAUGAAGAGGCUAAACAGAUAUAUGACUAUUUAAAUCGACAAUCACAUCCAAUAGGUAAUAAAUGGUUAAUGAAGCUUAUUAUGUAUGUAGAUGGCCUUGAUAUCCGAUUUCGUACACUUGGCAUCUUUGAUGAGCAUGGUAUCUGGAAAAAUAACGAACCUAUUCUAAACCCAUUUUCUAUUACAGAUAGGGUCAUUUAAAGAAAAGAAAGAAAAAAAAGAAAAGGGGGUGGGG